AUGUCAGGAUACUACAACUUCAAUGCACACUCGACGCACCCCACACCCGCAAUCCACCACAGCCACGGCGGUCGCAACCGUAGAGCUCCCCGUCUGUCUGUGUCGCAAAACUCGCAGCGCCAAUUCCGAGGCGUCCGCAGCAUGAAGGAGCUCAACGAAUCCGCGUCCAUGUCUGCAUUCCGUACAAAAUUCGAGGCGGCCAGCUCUUUCGAGCUCGAAGACGACCUCGAGUUUUGCCCCGGUCUACUGACUGAGAAUGACUUGGUCUCCAUCUCCAGUGCAUCUGAGCGAUCCUCGCUCGCAAGCAAUUCGCCGCAGUCGUCGCCGACUCAGCAACCCCAAGCCGUCGCUCCAGGAUUCUCUCUUAACACCUCCUCUCCCCCCUUUGUGCCCCCGAGCACCGCAUUCCACAACCACCAGCCCAACAUGAAGCUGCACCAGCCCGCCGCGACACGUGGCCGCAACGCGAUCCCAAUCAUCAACCCAGCCACUGGCAUCUCCAUGUCCAGCCCACCUUCGUCUGUGUCGCCCGCCAAGAUGCAGCAGUCUGCCAGGGCCCGGUGGUAG